CACUGGCCGUAUUGCGGCUGUGCCUCUCAGCGCAGCUGUUGACGGAUUUAAGUCACAUUUGAUCUUCAAAGAGAUUGAAAAGAAGCUCCAAGAGGAAGGAGAGCAAUUUGUCAAGAAAAUCGGUGGAGUGUUUGCCUUCAAAAUAAAAGAUGGUCCCGGUGGGAAAGAAGCAACUUGGAUAGUCGAUGUGAAAAAUGGUAAAGGCUCUGUGGCGGUUAAUUCAGAUAAGAAGGCGGAUUGUACAAUUACAAUGGCUGACACUGAUCUGUUAGCUCUCAUGACUGGCAAAAUGAAUCCUCAGACGGCAUUCUUUCAAGGCAAAUUGAAGGUUUCUGGGAACAUGGGCAUGGCAAUGAAACUUCAGAAUCUACAACUUCAGCCAGGCAAAGCUAAACUUUGA